AUGGAGAUUGACAUCAAAGUGAGCGGCACCAUUGCAAAAAUGAAGCCCCCUGAAGCUAAUCACCCAGCAAGCAGUGGGUUCCAAGUAGAUAUAGGGUUCUUCCUGGAAGAUACGUUGAACGUCAUUGGGGAAGAUGGUAAGGCGACAAAGAGCCAAUGCUGCUAUGAGCUGAAGAUCGUCACCAGGUAUUCUACGCAAAUUUGUGAUGUUAGUUAUGUGGAGCAACUGGCCUACAAUACCCUCCACGUUGACAUGGAUAUGGAUCCCGAGGCUGCAGAGAAGGCAAAAACUGAGGUUGCUAGAAUCAUUAUGAGAAAGAUGGCAGUGGUCAGGAACGACAACCCAUCUCUUUGGACUGUCUUCAUAGAGAUGCAUGUAGAAUGCACGAUAGAGAUAAGUGAUGAAGAGGCUGGUAAACCUACUGGCAAACAUGGCUGCGAUCGGCUCCUCGAGCACCUUGGAGAUGAUGUCUGUGCCAUAUGCUGUGAAGAGUUCGACUCGACUGAACAUAUUGCCGUCACCACAUGCCACCAUACUUACCAUCGUUUUUGUCUUUUCAAGUGGUUGUUCCGUGGAACUUACUCCUGCCCAACCUGCCGAUCCGACUUGUCUACGAUCGCUGACUGCCGAAUUAAAUUUUGA